AUGUUUGGUGAGAUCGCUCUUGCCGUUCUCACCAAGGUCAACUACCAGACUGCUGUGUACUCCUUCUGCGGCUCCUUCAUCAGCAUAUCUGAUGCCACAACAAGCGUGACUGUGACGCAGACAAGCUUCACUCCUAUUACCACUACAGUAGCGUGGUGUCCCAUACGCAACUCCUGCUGUGACCUUCAAACCGGCAAUCGCAGCUUUCAAAUCCGGACCAAGAUCCCUCUUGCCACAUCGACUGCCACACUUACGGCAACCGUCACCCAGGCGUCGCCAACUAUCACGGCCUUCUCCAUCGUCACUGAGACAACCACUACGCAGGCCACUACCACUAUCACCAUCACUCUUCCCGGUACACUAGAUGCUAGCUGCAACAGUACUGUUUACGGUGCCUUCAGGUCAUGCAGCAACAGUGUUGGUGGUUGCAGCUACACCGCUGCUGAAGGUAUUGGGUUCUGCGCGCAAGAUGUGUCUUGCAGUGGCCCUGCCAGCUGGACCACAAGCUCUGACUGUGCUGGCGCUCAGAUCUGCGCUGUGGACGCUUGCUGCGGUGCUCAGGACAUCUGUAUGAACUUGCAGUGUGACGACCCCGCAAGGAUGUUGAUAAAGCAGAGACGGCAAGCUGAUGACUAG